AUGACUCCCACAUUGGAUCCCCCGAAAUCUUCUCUGACGGAGCAGCUUAACUCUCCACCAAAAGCAUCUUUACAAAUCCUCGGGACACAUUUUUCGAAUGAACAGAUCAAAGUGAUUGAUUUCGAUCUCUGGAUUGACUGUUCGAAAGUAGCAGGAAUCAGAUCUGGGAAGUUCCUGAUGGAGAGUGAAAGCGAUUGCCGGUCCUGGAAUUACUCCGCCAACCAGGACAACUGCAACUUCGAGGAGAUAUUGGAUGGCUGGCUUAAUGACCAGCUGGGUAGUAGUACGGACGGGCGAUCUUUCAGCUGGACGCUUUCUAAACUGGUUUCUUUUCCCGAUGGCGAUUGCGCUGCGAUGAAAGCUCAUAUAGAGAGGCUGGCACGCAGGGUCGGCUAUGGUGGGUCUGUCGAGGUAGUCUUUCACACUCCAUCAAUAGAGGCAGAUGUCUUACCCGAGAAACACGACGUGCAAAUUCGAGCGGAGUGGCGGUUUGAUUGUCCUUUCACUCCCGCAGAUCAGGUAUGGAACGAGUUGGUAAUGAACGCAAUGGUCGACCGCAAGAAGGGCUGGAUCUCUCUGAAUGACCCAAAGCGAUCCUACGGGAUGUCUCCAUUCCGAAGGGCUAUCAGACAUGGCAAUAAUUCCAGGAUUGUGUCGCGGGAGCAGAAUGCCAAUGGGCUUACGCUCUCUGUACAGCAAUUCUCACGGUGGGGCUGUGACGGUUCAUCAUGA